UUAUCUAUGAUAGUGAUUGUAAACGUUCUCAGCUUGCAGAUUUCCUGUAGCAUAUAUUAAGUAUUUUUUUCAGAAGAACCGCAUUUAAAAAAAUGCACAAUACUUGCACCAUGCACAGCUUGGUUACAUCACUACUAAUAUUUUAAUAGCCAGGAUUUUUGUUUCAUCAUAUUGGCACGUUUUUGUUGCACCCAUAAAAUUAAGUUAUGGCAAAAAAAUGGGCGCGCGGAUGUCGGACGACGUGGUGGCCGCCUGGGACGUGCCACUGAGCGACCGGGUGCACAGGAUAGAGUUUGAGCACGGGACGACAUCAGGCAAGCGUGUGGUGCGGCUGGACGGCAAGGAGCUGUUCCGCAGGGACUGGAUGUUCAAGCUGGUCGGUAGCGAGGAGUUUGACAUCGGCCGGGUGCACUGCGUCAUCAAAGUGGAGCCCUCGGGCGCCUUCUCCUACUCCUACGAGCUGGAGGUGGACGGCAAGACCUACGAGAAGUUCACGGAGCUGCAGACCAAGGCGAUGAAGACGUGGAUGGUGGAUGUUGGCGACGAGACGUACAGAGUUGUGCUAGAAAGAGACACAUUGGACGUUUGGGCAAAUGGUCAGAAACUUGAAGCGACAGGGGAGUUUGUGGACGAUGGAACCGAGACUCACUUCUCGCUCGGUGGUCACCCGGCGUACAUCAAGGCCGUGACUAGCGGCAAGCGGCGGGAGGGAAUCAUUCACAACCUGAUCGUUGACGAUGCCGUCAUUCCAGAGAUGGUCGACUGAUUGGACCAUCAUCCACCAUUAUUCUCACUGCUCCCUGGUAUUGCUUACUUGCAUUUUACAGCACUGUGUGCAGGAAACAGGUUGUAAUUACCUAUUCGUAAAGUAUGGUGUGUGUUUCUGGUGUAAUACAGUUUGUUAAAUGCAAACAAAUACAGACAAUCUCAAAUAUCUAAAAAAAAAUCUGUUAAGUUGUGCUGUAUCACUUUUUAAGCACUCACAUAUAGAAUAUUAUGGAUGUGUUUUAUCUUCAAAUUCUUAUCAAAUAAGUAAUAUUAUUUACUUGAGAAAAACAAGAUGUCCACGUUUGAUAUUUUGAUCCCGUGACUUUGAUUAGAAAGAUUUUAACUUUUUAAAACUUGUUAUAUGAAUGUAUUAUUUCAAAAAAUGUAUCAAUAAAAAAUGUAUGAUACAUAAA